UACUAUAUAUAUUCAUGUCAAGGCCAGUGCCAUUAAUCAUCACGCCCCCCCAACACAAAAAAAAGAAGAAGCUAGCUAGCUCUACUCAUAACACGUAUUAAUUUUAAGAUACAAUAUGAGAAGCGUGAAAGUAGUAGCUGAGUUGCCCAAUUUGAAAGCAGUGCCUUCUAAUUACUAUGUUGAUAAUUAUCACCAUAAUUGCGCAUCAUCAUCACCAGCCAUUAUUGACACUACUCAUGAUGAUUCAGUAAUCCCCAUCAUUGAUUUUUCCCUCCUUUACUCAGAAGAUCCUCAUCAAUACUCCAAAGUCAUUCAAGAACUUGGAAGAGCUUGUCAACACUGGGGAUUUUUCAUGGUUGUGAACCAUGGAAUAGGAGAAAGUUUGAUGAAGGAGUUGAUUGGGGUGACAAAAGAGUUCUUCUUGAUGCCAGAGGAGGACAAGUGGAUGUACAAAGGGGAAAAAGUGUUUGAUCCAAUUAAGUAUGGCACCAGCUUUAAUUAUACUUCUAAGGAUAUCAAUACUUCGUAUUGGAGAGAUUACCUUAAACUCUCCCUUCAUCCUCAAUUUCAUUCCCCCGACCAACCCACUAAUUUCAGAGAAGUUUUAGGGGAAUAUUGUGAGAAGUCGAGAAAAGUGGCAAGAAAGUUACUGUCAGGAAUAUCAGAAAGCUUAGGAUUGGAAGAAGAGUUGAUGGAGACAUCUCUGGAUCUGGAUUCGGGUUUCGAGAUGUUUGUUGCAAAUUAUUAUCCAGCUUGUCCACAGCCCGAACUUGUAAUGGGCCUUCCACCCCAUUCAGAUUUUGGGCUUUUGACCUUUCUCAUACAAAAUGAAGUUGGAGGAUUACAAAUACAACACAAUGGAAAAUGGAUCGAUAUCAAUCCCAUUCCCAACUCUAUUUUGGUCAACACUGGUGAUCACCUUGAGAUAUUUACAAAUGGGAAAUACAAGAGUGUUUUACACAAAGCUGUAGUAAACAAAAUGGCAAGAAUAUCAAUAGGAAUAGCAAAUUGCCCAGCUAUGAAUGCCACAGUGAGUCCAGCUGCUUCACCUUUAAUCCAAAAUGAAAGGUUCCCACCACUCUAUCUUCCCAAGAAAUACUCUGAAUAUGUGGAGAUGCAACAGACUAAGCCACUGGAUGGAAAGUCCUGCCUAGAUCAAAUCAAGAUUACAGGGCUGGCUGAAGGGGGAAGCCACUAAAGCAAUCGCUUUAGGCCCUCAAACUUGAAGGCUCCAAAAUAUUAUUAUAUAUGUUCUAAAAAUAUGAAUAAAAGACAUUAGAUUUUAUAUUGUUUUUUUAAAAUGUGAUAAAUGUUACUAUAAUAUUAAUUCAAAUUUUAUAUUUGAGAAGGAUGGCCAGUCCUCUCUCCUUCGGGCCCUUCUUUUCGAUAAGGGGAGGCUAUUCUUGAAAAGAAUAGGUAUGUUCAAGUAUAAUUUAUUUCACA